AUGCGUACCUCAGCCCUAUUCAAUAUCGUUGCGACAUUCGGCUGCGCAGCUGCUCAACGCACUAUCCUAGGGUUUAACUCCGGCGCCUCAGACGACCAGGGCAACCCAAAGUCCCAGCGGGACUUCGAGCGAGAGUUUAGAGCUGCACAGAAUCUGGAGGGAGCACCCGGUGGAAUCAAUACUAUUCGCCUGUAUUCCAAUGUCCAGUGGGAGACCGAGAGCACACCGAUCGCUGCACUUUCAGCUGCGGUUGCGACGAAUACGAGCCUUCUUCUAGGCAUCUGGGCCUCGGGCACUGACAGCAUCGGCAACGAGCUCAACGCACUAGAAGCAGCCCUCGAAGAGCAUGGCUCUGAUUUGGCGGAUCUAGUCGUGGGUAUCUCGGUUGGGAGCGAGGACCUUUAUCGCAUCUCAGCAUCUGGUGUGCGUAACGAGGCUGGAAUUGGAAAUGAUGCAGACACAAUUGUGCGGUUCAUCAGGGAUGCUCGCGCACGCCUGAACAAUACGGCACUCGCAGACAAGCCUUUUACGCACGUCGACUCCUGGAGCGCUUGGGUGAAUAGCUCCAACGCGGCUGUCAUCGAUGAGGUGGACUUCGUUUCCGUCAACAUCUUUCCAUUCUACGAGGAUCCCAUCGACAACAGAAUUGAAAACGCAGGUGGCAUCUUUAAUAGUGCCUUGACUGCUACUGAAGCCGCUGCUGGCGGUAAGGACGUUUGGAUCACCGAAACUGGUUGGGCAUAUAGCGGUCCUGCGUUGGGUGCUGCCGAAUCUACACUCGACAAUGCCGCUACGUAUUGGCAGGAGGUUGGCUGUAGGCUCUUCGGCAGACACAACGUCUUCUGGUAUACCCUUCGUGACGCCAACCCCGGGAACGAAGUCAAAUUUGCCGUCACCGACAACCUCAGCACCACUCCUCGCUUCAACCUGACUUGCCCGGCAGGCAGCGAGAAUCUGACGCUCCCUGCUCCCAUUGACGUCGUAUCCAGCCUCAAUGCUACUGCUACUAGUGCAAGCUUCCUAACUUCAGUGUCUACGGUUAAUUCAAUCGCUAUGUCACUAUCUAUGCUCAGUGCUCUAGCAGCGUGGGUGCUGUAG